UACCGAGACAUUCCCUCAAAUGCGGAAUCGGUAAUAAGCACACCCGAACAAAGCUAGCCUCUAGCUCCGCCAGGACCGCCACCACUUCUCUCCCUUUCCCAAAAGCCAAACAUCGCUCCGGAUUUGGACUCGACCUGACCGAAAAAGAAUCACCACAACCUGCAACGGCGAGUCCAAAUGAACGAUUCCGAUGCCCCCAAGUUCGACAACGAUGAACGACAAGAAGACAUGAGGAUGCGAUUGAGGCCGUCGGAUAGCAACGUGACUGAAGAUCAGGAGCCCUUUAUGGGAGUUAAAGUCCGACGGAAAGCCUCCCGCCGGCAUGAAUAUAAAGGAGACUACAUGGAUAUCCCCUCCCGUCCUUACUUAAUGAAGAUUUUGCAAAAACAAGGUGACAAGCAAGUUUUCUUUGCUGAUAAAGUUCUGAAGUUCACUUCAACGGGAAAGAUGAAACGGCGGAUUCUUAUGGUGACUGAUUUUGCGGUUUACUUGGUUGACCCUGACACUGGUACGCUUAAGCGCCGGAUAGCUUUAGCCGCUGUAGAUAAGAUAUGUUUGAGUGAACUAAGCGAUAAUUUCUUUGCAAUUAUCGUUCCGACGGAGUAUGAUUUGCUAAUGGCUAGUACUCGCAAAACUGAAAUUGUUACCGUCUUGGUCGAUGCUACCAAGAAUGCUUCUGAAUAUGAACUCGAGGUGGAUUUUUCAAAUAGGUUUGAAUAUAGUGCUUCAGCUGACCUCGUUAAGGAAGUUCAGUUUGAGGAAGCCGAAGGGAGUGUUAGGACAAGAAUUGUGAAGAAAUAAGUAGAAAUUGCACUCGUCAAAAUCUAAAGGUGAAAUGGACUCAUCGCACUUUGUGGCAGGUUCUGCUCAGCAUGGAGGUCACCCCCAAAAGUAUGUACCAUAUUCUUGUCCACUUUAAUGUAUUGUUUUGUAAUUUUUAUGUGAGAAAAAUGGUUGUAUAAACUCUUUGCAUGUGUGAUAUCUCUAUACUAGGUAGAAAUUGUCACAAUAGAAGAUGGUCUCCUUUGCUGCGUAACAUUAAUGAAGUAAUACUAUUAUUCUGUUGUGUUGCAA